GUCGAGUGUUCACACUUCACGUUAUUUUCAUUUGAAGUUGAAAGCAACUCUUUCAAAAAGAGUUUAAAUGUUUUGAUUCCAUGUAGAAAUAAAUAAAUUAUAAUAUUGAUGUUCAUCACAUCUUUAACAUGUAACAAGUGCUCACUAAAAUAUUUAAGUAAAUAAUAAAUUUUGUCUCGUUAUAUGAUGUCUCUACAAGUAAAAGUAACACAGGGCACACUUGGGGGUAAACUGUGUUUUGCAUAUGAUGGAACAAAAUAUUAUAGCUUUGAGGGCAUACCAUAUGCAAAACCUCCUAUUGGACAACUUAGAUUUAUGGCUCCCCUAGAACCAGAAAGCUGGACAGGUGUUCAUGAUGCAAGCAAACCUGGUAACAAAUGUGCACAGCUUAACCCUUUCGGAAAAGGCAUUGUAGAGGGCUCUGAAGAUUGUCUAUACCUCAAUGUUUACACUCCAAGUUUGCCAGCGGAAAAAAUUGAAAAUCUACCAGUUAUAUUUUUCAUUCACGGUGGAAGAUUGGUUGUAGGCUAUGGUGAUUACUACCGCCCAGAUUACUUUCUUAAACACAAUGUUAUUGUUGUGACAAUUAAUUAUAGAUUAAAUAUUCUAGGAUUUUUAUGCCUUGACACUCCUGAAGUACCAGGAAAUACUGGUUUAAAGGACACUGUGAUGGCAUUAAAAUGGGUUAAAAAUAACAUUAAACAAUUUAAUGGCGAUGAUUGUAAUAUAACAGCAUUUGGAGAAAGUGCGGGAGCUGCUAUAGCUGCAUCUUAUUUGUCAACCAAAAUGGCAGUGGGAUUGUGUGACAAAAUAAUUUGUCAGUCAGGAAAUUCUAUUUCCGACUUGUACAUAGUAGAUGAAGACCCAAUAGACAGAGCUAGUAGAAUUGCAAGUUACUUAGGACAUGAAGAGAGAGACAAAAGAAAACUCUAUGAUCUGUUUCUUAAUACGUCUAUUGAAGAUUUAGUUUACGCCUAUACAUCAGCAGAGAUGAAUCGACCGCCGUCAGUUGUAAAUGCGUUUUUAUUACCAGUUGUAGAAAAAAAAUUUGAAAAAGUAGAACCAUUUUUUCAUGAACAUCCAAGUGUUGCCAUACGCGAAAAUCGAUUCCAAAAACUACCAAUUCUAGCCACCAUACAUUCUUACGAAGGAGCUCCCUUUUUACGUAAAGACGGCGAGGGCAAUAUAUAUUACGAACAGGACUUUCAAUAUUUCAUCCCACGGUUUUUAUCAGUCAAACACAAUACUCCUAAAGCUCUGAAAAUUGCGAAAAUUAUUCGCGACUAUUAUUUUAAAGGUAGAAACGUUGAUCACAACACUAAAAUGGAAUAUUUGAAUCUAUUCAGUGAUCACUUUUUCGCAAGGGACAUAUUAUUAUUUGUUGAACUGAUGUCAACAUUAUGUGAUAAUGUAUAUUUGUGUAGGUUUGGGUUCAAUGGUAAUAUGAAUACUAGGACUGUCCAAGAAAUGAAUCUUAAUGGAGCAGCACAUGGUGACUUAAUACAGUACUUAUUCUACAGAGAUAAUAAAGCAAAAGUAGCUACAGAAAAAGAUUUCAUGACUGUAAAUAUUUUAAUAGAAGCAUGGUGCAAUUUUGCAAAAAAUGGGAAACCAUCUUGGAUAAAUGAACAUUUGCGAUGGUUACCCUAUACAAAAGAAAAAAAAAUAUGUCUUAACAUAGACCACACUGGAAUGAAAGUGGAACCUUAUCCUAAUUUUGAAAGAAUUGAUUUCUGGUUUGAUUUGAUUCGGGAAAGAGCUAAACUUUAAUCUUACACCGUUUUUAAAAGCUUGUAGCGUUUUCUUAAGUUCCACACCUGUGUCAUCGGUACGCGUCUCGAGUGGCUAUAUAUGGCUGGACGCGACAUUAUAUCGGACUGUUAAUUUCCGCGUGAGAGGGUUUUGACUCACGCAAACUUUUCACUAACAGCUUGCAAACGUGGCCAGAGUUGUUAAAACCAUGUUUCUAAAAUGCACAUUAUUGCAUAUAGUGUUGCGAUAGGCAAUAAUAAAAGGGUUUAUGGUAGAAAAUUAAUUGGUUAUAGUUGUCCCAUAUAUUUAUUAAAUACUGUCUAUAGUAAGUUACAU